AUGGUCGCCAAAUCAACGGUCACCGGUUUGACCGGCACGACAGGAUGGACGGGAACGAGCUUCACGAGAUCAUCAAUGACCUACGACGGGCCUCCGCCAUCUACACAUGUUCGAACAUACAACUGGCCUCCUUGGCAACUGAAUUUCUGGAUCUUUGUUAUCCUACUCGCGUCGACGAGCAUCAUUGGAGUGUUCUCGACAUUCAUACAGAUCCAGACUCAACUUGAGCUUGGAAUUCCAUGGUACUUUCCCUACUUUAUCACCGUCGGCUCUCUCUCCAUUGUUUUUAUUCUCGGUAUCUUCUGGCUCAUCGCCCAACGACGCCUCCUCCCCGCCAUCGUGAUGGUCGGCGGUUUCAUGUUCUUCAUACUCUGGCUAGUGGGACUUGUCGUCGUAGCGAUACAAUUAUUCGGACCUGAUGGAUCUAUUCAGAGCGUAUGCGAUGUUCAAGUCUUUGGAAGGAAUCCCAAGGGUACGAGCAUGGCGACGAUGGCGUGGCUUCAACAACGAAACAUCUGUCAAUCGUGGCAGCUUGUCUUUGCGAUGGCUCUUACCGGUACUGUCUUCUUCGUCUGGGUUAUGAUCAUGGCGUACCAAGUCUUUGUCAACUCAUGA